GUGACUGCCAGGAACUGUUAUCUGUGUCUAUUAGUAUAAGGGGGUCUGUAGAGAACGUUCAGAACCUCUGGAGUUGGACAGAUGAGACCCACACAGAGAAAUCAGCACUCAGUUAUAUAAUGACAGAUCCAAAUCGAGAUGAUGCCAUGGACACUUCUGCAGAGAUAGACUGUGGAGCACAUGAACAGUGUAACUCUGAUACAUCAGACAACAGCAUGGAGAUCAUAUUUCCCAAUAUGACCAUUGUAAUAACUGGAAAUUCUUCAUCAGUCCAGUUUGGAAAUGAAAACAUUCUACUAGGACAAAAACAACCAAAUAUUGAAAAUGCUGCAGUAUCUGGGAUUGUUCAUUUACAGAAGAAGAUAUCAGAACGUCAAGUCUCUAUGAUCAACAUGAUUGACUUACAUGAUGAAUACCUGGACCAUGACCAUGUGGAUCAUCUCAUUGAUGAGCUAGUGAAUAAAAAUGAAAUUCACGCCUUCAUCUUUAUUGUGCGACUGGGUCAAUUAACAGAUGCUGAUAAGAUGGGUCUUGAAUGGCUUCAGAGAGUGUUCGGUGACAAAGUUCUUCAGUUUGUGAUGUUUCUCUUCACUUAUGAGACAGGAGAAGAGUGUGACUCUAUAAUAGAUGAUCUGAAGAACAACCCUGUUCUGGAGCAGCUGCUGGAGAAAUGUGGAAGAUAUCAUACCUGCAGCAAGAUGAUGAACAGCCAUUCAGAGAUGAGAGAACUGAUGAAGAUGAUUGAUGAUCUGUUUAAUGAGAAUAAACAGCAGUGCUACACUGGAGAGAUGUUCAACACUGCAUCAAUUAGGAGAAAAAAGCUGGAAAACAGUGAACAUGAUGAUGAAGCCAGAAGAAUGGAGGACACCACAACAUCAGAGACUGGAGAAAAACACAAGGGAAAAGUCAAAAACUUAGGAGCAACAGGAGUUGGAUCAGAUAUAUUUCACAGACUUAAUUUAGAAGACCAUCUCCACAAUAAACUGGGAGCUGCAGAUGUUCUUCAGAUAACCAAACAUUCAUCACUGUCCCAUGAGUCUUGUGCUGAAGAGGAACUGAUUCAGACUUUCAUAUACAAAGUACUAAUGAUGAACUACAGAGCAAGAAGCAUUAAAACUAAAGAGACCAGUGAACAGGAUGACACACAACAAAGAGAGAAUAACACAUCUGAAGAUGAAAGUGAUAUUUUUGAGGAUUUUAAAGAGACAUCUUUAUCAAAAACAAGCCAGUCUGAGGGAAUUGAACCGAUGGAUGUCCAGAUGGCCUUGUUUUAUUGUGCUGAUGGUUUCCUGAAGCAGCUGAUGGUCACUAAACUGUCCCAGUGUCAGUACGCUCUGCCUCUGCUUGUUCCUGAUCCAUUCACACAACAGAUUGUGUUUCCUCUCUGGACAUUCAGACAAAUCAACAAGAGCUGGAAGAUCAGAAACACCAACAAUGAAAUUAUUAGUCAAACCCAGCCAAUCUGCAAGGCACAAACUCCAAUGGUGUUUUUCUUCAGGUUUGGCUCUGUGUCCUCAUCCAAGUCUCAGCUGAUGAACAGUCUGAUCAAUGAGAAACACAACACGUUCUUCCACAGGAACUGCCCAGGCAGCUGCAGAACCAGAGUCCUGAUGGAUGGAGUGGUGGAGAUCGCCUGGUUCUGCCCCUCUGGGAAAGACACAGAUAAAUUCACUGACUGUGUUGCAUUCUGUAAUCUACACGGUGAUGCAGGAGAUCAUGCAAAACAGCUGCAGUUCCUCACUGAAAUGAGCUCAGUCAAUGUUGUUCUUCUAACAGAACUUGACAAGAAUGACAGAAAUGCAGCAAAGAUCCAAAACCUGUACAAGGACAGAAAGCCACUCAUUUGUCUCCUUACUGAGGAUAAAUCUGCUGUAACUAAGCCAAAGAAAGGGAAAUUCAAGAUCGGUUUUAAGGACAGAAAUCAGUCAGAUGUAUCUGAAGAACUCAGAAGAGCUAUAAAUGAUUGUCUCUCAGAAUCAUCUUCCACUUUCAGACUUGAAGAUGUGUCCAAACACUCAGACAUCAGAGUAGAUGAGGAAAAGGAUGAAGACUGCAGGAGAGGAAGAGAAGCAGCACAGCAGAUGAUGAGUUUACUGAAGAAGAAAGAUCUGACAGAAAUCAAAGAAUCAUUUCUGCCUCAUCAGGGGAAACUGUGGCUUCAGUGGAGUCAGAAGAACAAAGAACUACAUCGACCUCGAGGAGAUGAGACAGAAAUGGACAUCAGUAGAAAACAAGAAGAGAUGAAGAGAAUCCGUGAACAGCAGCAGGAAUCUGACAUCAGUGAGUUUAUGAAGAUCUUCAUUAAACAAAUUAACUCAGAUGCUGCCACAAAGAUGUUUUUCCUUAAAUGGCUCAGAAUCCUCCUGGAUGAACAUACAUCAGCUGAUCUUUCUGCUCUACAUCACAACUAUGAUGAAAAGUGGUCAAGAGUCUUAAAACUGAAGGAGAAACAUGAUAAAUCUGAACAACUCAAAGCUGAACAAACUAAACUUGAGAGAAUAUCUGAGGAACUUCAAGCUGCAGCCUUUGGUUUGGAGAACAUUGUAAGGGAAAUCGGUCAGAUCUAUGAAUCAUGUUCAUCUGUUAAGAAGCACAAAAAAGACCUGAAGUUUGACUUCUCUUCUCUCCCGAGUCUUGCAGCAGAGAUGAUGAUCUCUGGAUUUCCACUGGAGCUGAUGGAUGGAGAUGCUGGUCAUGUUCCUGUGAUCUGGAUCUCUGCUGUUCUAGAUGAACUCAUUGAGAAACUGGGAGACCAGAGAAUCUUUGUGCUGUCAGUUUUAGGGGUUCAGAGCUCUGGGAAAUCCACCAUGCUGAAUGCCAUGUUUGGACUCCAGUUUGCCGUCAGUGCUGGCAGGUGCACCAGAGGAGCUUUCAUGCAGCUGAUCAGAGUGUCAGAUGAGAUGAAAACACAGAUGAACACUGACUAUAUUCUGGUUGUUGAUACUGAGGGUCUCCGUGCUCUAGAACUGACAGGAAGAUCAACAAGACAUCAUGACAAUGAAUUGGCCACAUUUGUUGUUGGUCUUGGAAAUCUGACAUUGAUCAACAUCUUAGGAGAAAACCCUUCUGAGAUGCAAGACAUUCUUCAGAUUGUUGUUCAGGCCUUCCUGAGGAUGAAGAAGGUCAGACUGAAUCCCAGCUGUGUGUUUGUGCAUCAGAACGUUUCAGACAUCACAGCUGGAGAAGAAAACAUGGAGGGUAGAAGACGACUGCAAAAGACACUGGAUGAGAUGACAAAACUCGCUGCUAAAGAUGAGGUUUGUGAUGUAGAAAGUUUUAGUGAUGUCAUUAGAUUUGAUGUUCAGAAAGAUGUGAAGUAUUUCGCUCAGCUGUGGGAGGGAAACCCACCCAUGGCACCACCAAACCCAAACUACUGUGAGAAUAUUCAAGAGCUAAAGAAAAUGAUUCUUUCUCAUGCCACGGAAUCUGAUGGUGUGACACUGACACAUCUAAAAGAUCGUAUUAAUGAUCUCUGGGAGGCUUUACUGAAUGAACAAUUCGUCUUCAGCUUCAGAAAUUCUUUGGAGAUUUCAGUCUACAGAAAACUGGAAACUGAAUACAGCAAGUGGUCCUGGAGUCUUCGCAGUGCCAUGAUGGAAACAAAAAGCAAACUACACAACAAAAUAGAAAAUGAAGCAAUUCAUGAGGUUGAGGAAACUGAUCUUCAAAAAGAACUGAAGAAGACCAGUGAAGAAGUGAAAAAAUCAAUGUCCGUUUUUUUUGAGAAUGACAAAGAUAAAGAUAUACUAAUUCAGUGGAAAUCAUCAUUUGAAAUUAAAAUCAAAGAGCUUCAGGAAAACAUUGUGAGAGAAACAAAGAGGAAAUUAAAAGAGAUUCUUCAUCAGCGAGACCUGAAGAAAAAUAUCGAUGCUCAGAGGACACAUCAUGAAAACACUCUUUUUGAAAAGAGCAAAGAACUCGCCUUAAAACUCAAAGGCAAAGCAAAUGAUGAAGAAACACUAAAGAAAGAGUUUGAUUUGUUCUGGGAACAGAGUGUGAAGAAGAUCAUCACAGACACUCAAACUCCAAUCAAAGACAUUGAUAUAAUGAGAGAUGUGAGAGAGAUCCUCAGUGACGUCUAUGAAAGUGCUUCUGUAGACCACUGGAGGGAGAGCAGUGAAUACAGCAAUAUUUUCACUGUGCCAAGUCAUUCAGAUUAUGUUAUUUUUAAAAGGUCCACAAAAGGUGGGAUUAAAGGGGCUGUAAAGGGUGCUUGCAAAACUGUUAAAGAAACAAUUGGAUAUGCUCAAACUUUGUCUCUACAGAAUAAAACAAAAAUAAGAACAUUAGUCUCAGAUGUUGUUCAGGAGACAGACAGAAUGAUUCAGUCAUUUAACAUCUCAAAGAUGGGCUACAACAUCAGCUACAUUCAACUACUCACAGAUUACAUCAAGACAAGAGUAACAGAACACCAGGAAGAACAAGUGAAAUAUGUGUUCAAGAAUGAAUUCUUCAUGGAUUUGGUUCUUUCCAUCUGUGAGAGAUCAAACAAGAUGAUCACUGACCAACACAGACUGUUCAGAGAAGCCAAUGAUCCUGUAAUAUAUGUUGAGAAGAAGAGAGAAGAGUACUAUAGUAUUUUCCAGAAAUACUGUCAUGGAGCCGCAUCAGCUGCUGUUUUUGGUCAGAUCAUCUGUCAGAAACUGAAAGAGCCCAUUGAGCAGAGCGUCUACAAAAAGACUGCCAGAGAUCUGACAGAUGAAAUGAUGAAAAACUGUGAAUCACUGAAUGGAAACAGAUCGAAUCUGGAGAAACACAUCCUGAAGACACUGGCAGAAAAGAAGGAUUUUGACAAAUACAUGAGCUACAUUCAUAAUCCCAGAGAUCACGUCAAGAGUUUCAUCAGAGAUGAAGUCAGGCGGUACAUCUCUGAUAAGUUCAGUGUCAGCGUUUUACCCAAGAUGAGGGAGAACAUUGAACUCCUGCAGCAGAAGAUCAUGAAAGCAGCACAUGAAUCUACUGAACAUGUUCAAGAGAACAGAGAAGAUGUUGGUUUGUGGUUGAAGAGUUUCACACAGCAGAUCUCAGAUGAGCUGAUCUUCUCUGAAAAAGACCUCAGAGGAGUGAAACAUGAUGAUGUUGAUGAUUUCAAACUCCUAGAAGAUGUGAUGAGACAUGAACUUCCUGCUAUAAUGUCUGACAUUAGCAGUAGAUUUAGCACUGAGAUAUUUCCAGUAAAUCUGGACUGUAAGUUCAGACCAGAUGAGCUUCUGAUAGAUCACUUCUGUCAGUGCUGUUGGGUUCAGUGUCCGUUCUGUGGAGCCACCUGCACCAACACCAUAGAAAACCAUGAUGGAGAUCACAGUGUUAAUAUACAUCGUGUUACCGGACUAAACGGAAUGUAUUACAAGAAUACAAGAAACUUGUCUAUUAGCAUCUGCACAUCAGCAGUAGCAAGUAAUCGAUCUUUUUAUCCCAGUGUCACAGAGGAGAAGACAAUCCUCUGGAGAGAGUACAGAAGAGCAGGAGGUGUUUAUGCCCACUGGAACAUCACUCCUGAUCUCUCUGAACUGCCCUACUGGAAGUGGUUUGUGUGCAGAUUCCAGAAAGAUCUGGAAAAACAUCACAAUAAAACAUUUGAGGGUAGUGGUGAGAUCCCAGGUAACUGGGGAAAAUACUCAAAUAAGGAAGCUUUUGAAAGUUUGGAUAAAUACAUUUAACUGAAUCUGCGAACUGAAACGUUUGAUUCCAAUCUCUACUUCAAUAAUACAUUGUAAUCAUUAAAGGAAUAAUUUACCCCAAAAUCAGGCUCAAGCCAUCCUAGGUGUAUAUGACUAUAUUAUUUCAGACAAACACAAUCAGUGUUGUAUUAAAUAUAUCCUAGUUCUUCCCAUCUUUGCAAUGGCAGUUUUUGAAGCUCCAAAAAGUGUGUCCAUCCAUUAUAAACAUAAUACAUACUACUGUGAUGAUAUUUCUAAUUAAUAAUUUAUUUUUUUAUUAAUCUAAAUAUAAUAGCCCAUAACAUACUGAGUAAACAACAAACUAAUAAACCUAUGAUAUAAGCAGAUUUAGCUUUUUCUUAGUAACAGAAGGGUUUGAAACAAUCAUAUUGUAGAAUGCUUUGCCAUGCUAGGAUCUUAUCCUUUAUAAGCUGUUGUACUCUUUUUGCUAGUGGGAUUCUCUGUGAUUGAUAUGAGGUCCUCCAGCUGUGAUUAAAGCAUAUUC